UGGCAGGUGCAAUCCACCAAACGAGCGGACCCGAACGAGCUGAAGUUUAUUUUUCAGAAGCAUGCCAGUGUUGUGGAUGCAGAUGGCGAGAAGUUGAUGACCCCGGAGGACUUUGUGCAGAAGUACCUGGGCCUGCACACACAGAUCCACCACAACCCCAAAACUGUCCAGCUCAUCGCCGGUGUAGCCGACACAACCAAGGACGGGCUGAUCUCAUUCCAGGAGUUCUUGGCGUUUGAGUCGGUGCUGUGUGUUCCGGACGCUCUCUUUAUCGUAGUCUUCCAGUUGUUUAACAAGACCGGCAAUGGAGACAUCUCCUUUGAGAAUGUGCGGGACAUCUUCAGCCAGACCACUGUGCACCACCACAUCCCCUUUAACUGGGACUGUGAGUUCAUCUGCCUGCACUUUGGACACGACCGCAAGAAAUGCCUCGGCUACCUCGAGUUCACCCAGUUUCUACAGGAGUUGCAGUUGGAGCAUGCACGCCAGGCCUUUGCCCAGAAGGACAAGAACAAGAGUGGCACCAUCUCUGCCAUGGACUUCAGUGACAUCAUGGCCACAAUCCGACACCACAUGCUUACACUGUUUGUGGAGGAAAACCUGGUUUCGGCUGCGGGGGGCAGCACCUCUCACAUGGUCAGCUUCUCCUACUUCAACGCCUUCAACUCUCUGCUCAACAACAUGGAGCUGAUCCGCAAGAUCUAUAGCACGCUGGCCGGGACCCGCAAGGACGCACAGGUCACUAAAGAGGAGUUUGCCCUUGCUGCGAACAAGUUUGGCCAGGUCUCUCCCAUGGAGAUUGACAUCCUGUACCAGCUAUCAGGCCUACACUCCCACUCUGGGCGUCUGAACUUUGCUGACAUUGAGAGGAUAGCCCCGCUGGAGGAGGGAGCGCUGCCCUAUCACCUGGCCGAGUUACAGAAACAGCAGAGCCAGGGUGAUGGUUCCAGGUCCGUGCUGCUGCAGGCCGCAGAGUCGGCCUACCGGUUCAGCUUGGGGUCCUUCGCUGGAGCUACGGGAGCCACGGCAGUGUAUCCGAUAGACCUGGUGAAGACCAGGAUGCAGAACCAGAGGAUUACAGGCACGUUCGUAGGAGAGCUCAUGUACAAGAACAGCUUUGACUGUGCCAAGAAGGUGCUGCGCUACGAAGGCUUCUUUGGAUUCUACAGAGGUCUUCUUCCCCAGCUCAUAGGCGUGGCUCCAGAGAAGGCAAUCAAACUUACGAUGAAUGACUUUGUGAGAGAUAAGUUCACUGGUAAAGACGACACCAUUCCAUUCGCUGCUGAGGUGCUGGCCGGAGCCUGUGCAGGGGCUUCCCAGGUGGUCUUUACGAACCCGCUGGAGAUAGUCAAGAUCAGACUGCAGGUGGCAGGAGAGAUCACAACAGGACCCAGAAUUGGCGCCCUCAGUGUCAUCCGAGACCUUGGCUUUUUCGGCCUCUACAAGGGCGCUAAAGCAUGUUUAUUGAGAGACAUCCCUUUCUCAGCCAUCUUCUUCCCAGUGUACGCCCACACCAAGGCUCAGUUUGCCGACGAGCAGGGUCGACUAGGCCCGUUACAGCUGCUAGCUUCUGGAGCCAUCGGAGGCAUCCCUGCUGCCUCCCUGGUGACACCUGCCGAUGUCAUCAAGACGCGCCUGCAGGUAGCAGCGAGGGCGGGACAUACCACCUACACUGGAGUCAUGGACUGUUUCAGGAAAAUCACGCAGGAGGAGGGAUUCGGAGCACUGUGGAAGGGAGCUGGAGCUCGUAUGUGUCGAUCCUCUCCUCAGUUUGGAGUAACUCUGGUGACCUAUGAGCUUCUACAGAGGUGGUUUUAUGUGGACUUCGGAGGACAUCGUCCGGCGGGGGCUGAGCCCACUCCUAAAUCUCGUAUCUCUGAGCUUCCUCCGGUCAGUGCUGACCACGUGGGAGGCUACCGUCUGGCCACGGCCACCUUCGCUGGCGUGGAGAACAAGUUUGGCCUCCACCUGCCCAAGUUCAAGUCCUCUGGAGUGGUCUCCAUUCACCCUGACCCCGUUGACCCCUCUUCUGCCCACCUUCAAGAGGCUGCCGCCCCCCUAAAGACUGGCCUCUAA